AUGAAAUUGGAGUGCCUUGUUGUUUUGGCCUUUGUUCUCUUUGCUUCUGCAGUUGCUAGGAAGGAAAUUGACCCCAAAGGUUGGAUCCCCAUCGUUAAAAUCAACGAUCCUGCCCUAAUAGAGAUCGCUAAAUUUUCUGUGACAGCAUUCAAUGAGUGGGCUGGUUUGACUUUCAAGUUGCAGAAGCUGCUAAAAGCCGAAAUGCAGGGACAAGUUGUAAAUGGGAUCUACUUUCGACUCAUCGUCGCCGCCGGCGAUGAUCAGUCCUCCUCCAACAAUUACCAAGCCAUUGUCUGGAAUUUGCCGUGGACGGAAAAUUACAUGAACCUUAUUUCCUUUAUCCCUGUUCAUGAUGCACCUCCUAGUUACUAUUAA